UUAUGGUUUCUGCCAUGGUGUUCUAAACUUCUUUCAUUUAAGAAGUUAGAAAACCCAUGGCCAUGAAUAUUUCCUACUCUUAUACACUGGUUUUGAUCUUGCUCUUCUUCAUUACCUUGCCUUCAAUUAGUGGAGCUGGUUCUGGUUUAGGGGCUUCUUUCAUUUUUGGAGAUUCUCUAGUUGAUGCUGGAAACAACAACUAUUUCCAGACCUUGUCUAAGGCAAAUAGCCCACCCAAUGGCAUCGAUUUUAAGGCUUCUGGGGGAAACCCGACCGGCCGGUACACCAAUGGAAGGACCAUUGGAGACCUUGUAGGGGAGUUUUUGGGACAACCCAAGUAUGCUGUUCCUUUUUUGGCCCCAAAUGCUACUGGCAAAGCUAUACUGAAUGGAGUGAAUUAUGCAUCAGGUGGUGGAGGAAUAAUGAACCAAACUGGGAGGAUAUUUGUUAACAGGCUUUCAAUGGAUAUCCAGAUUGAUUAUUUCAAUAUCACAAGGAAGCAAUUGGAUAAUUUAUUAGGUCCAUCAAAAGCAAAAGACUAUUUAAGAAAGGAGUCUAUCUUCUCAAUCACAGUUGGAUCAAAUGAUUUCCUCAACAACUAUCUUCUCCCAGUUCUCUCCAUUGGAACAAGAAUAUCUGAGAGCCCUGAUGCUUUCAUCAAUGACCUCAUAACUCAUCUAAGGAGUCAGUUAACUAGACUCUAUGCCUUGGAUGCUCGAAAAUUUGUCGUCGGGAAUGUAGGUCCUAUAGGCUGCAUUCCCUAUCAAAAGACAAUAAAUCAGCUUAGCGAAGAUCAAUGUGUCGACUUAGCCAACACGCUUGCUGUUCAAUAUAAUGGCCGAUUGAAGAUUUUGGUUAAGGAACUGAAUGACAAACUCCCUGGAUCCACAUUUGUCUUAGCAAAUGUGUAUGCGUUGGUGAUGGAGGUGAUCACAAAUUACAGAAAAUAUGGAUUUGUAACAGCAAGUAAGGCUUGUUGUGGCAAUGGAGGCCAGUACCAAGGGAUCAUUCCAUGUGGGCCUCAAUCCACUUUGUGCACAGAUCGUUACAAGCAUGUGUUUUGGGAUCCUUACCAUCCGAGCGAGGCUGCCAACCUGAUUGUCGCUAAGCAACUGGUGGAUGGAGACAGUCGUUACAUAACACCGAUGAAUCUUCGACAGCUUAGAGAUCUUUGAUCUUCUUUUGCUUGUGUGUUUGUGUGUGAAUGUUGAGCUUAAUUUUGCUUUC